AAGGACUUGCCUGACUGUCUUUGAAAUCAAUUUCCAGCGUCAGAGUCAGACGGAGGGCAGCUGCAGAAGGUACUGGAACAGUGAAGCAUAUCUGGACAUUUUACAUCAAGACUUACUUGUGAAGGAACAAUGACUUUUCUGCCUACAAGUGUCCAACUUAACUUCAGCACUGUGGCUACAUAUGGAGGCCAAAACAACACAAAUGGCACUAACUGCUCUCAAAUAGAAUCUGAAGAAUGGAUUAUCACUGUGGUGCCGGUGUAUAUCCUGCUCCUCACUGCACUGGGAAUUGUGUGUAACAUGUUUGUCCUAAUGGUUUUCUGCCUCCACAAGAAGCCCUGCACCGUGCCUGAGAUCUACCUGAGUAACUUGGCUGCCGCCGACCUUGUCCUAUUGGCUUGUUUGCCCUUCUGGGCUGUUAACAUAUCAAACAGGUUCAAUUGGCUUUUUGGCCAUUUCCUUUGCAAAGUUGUCAAUCUUGGCAUUUCAAUGAACACCUAUUGCAGCAUCUACUUCCUUGUUCUGGUUAGCGUAGAUCGCUAUAUAGCCCUGGUGCAUCCUCUGUCCCAUAACAGAAUGCGUAGGACAAAAUAUGCUAAACUGGGCUGUGUGGUGGUUUGGGGUUUGGGCUUGCUCCUGAGUAUCCCAAAGUUCAUCUUCAGAGUAGUGGAGCCUCGCUGUAAUCAGACUUUAUGCUACAAUAAGUACCCAGAAGGCACACAUUUGCCGUUUGAUGUGAUGCUGACUGUGUUUGGCUUCAUCAUCCCCAUUUUCUUUAUUUCCUAUUGCACUGCCAAGAUUAUUCACACUCUGAAUAACCGUUUAAGCAAGGGGUUAAAUAGCCACAAUACGGAGCACAAGUCCACCACUCUGGUCCUGGCGGUGCUGUUGGCUUUCCUGAUCUGCUGGGUGCCAUUCCAUGUGGUUACGAUAGCAGAAGCUCUCACAAGAGCUAAACUCCUGAAAGCAGACUUAAAUGUCUUAGACACCAGCAUCCAUAUCUGUAUCUACUUAGCUUUCUUUAACAGUGUUCUGAACCCUAUCCUCUACGUCAUUGUCGGAAAGAAUUUUCGGAGAAAGGUUAAGGAACUCUUCAAGAAGCGGAGCAGAGGAGCGACUUUCAACAACACCUCUGUGCAAUCAUACCUGACAAGAAGUGUUAAAUCUGUGAAUGUCACAAGCUAAUCUGUAAGAAUUUUUCUGGAAGACGUAUUGCAAUUGCAUGCAAGCAUGAAUAGACCCUCAGGUUUUUGUACUUUAAUAUCUGUAAAUAUGUAAUAUACAUGUAUACCACAUCCUGUGGAUGAAUUGACAAAAUGCAGCCAAUAUGCUCUCAUGCUAGUAUUUCCAGAUAAAUGUAUCAAACAACUUUACUAAAAGCCCACAGAAUACAGGAAACGACAUCUACUCUGUUAUCUCUCUAGACUGUCCCACCCUCAUUUUCAAGACUUCCUACACCCACAAUGCUACAUAAUUAAAUAGUAACCACCAAAUUGUGUUUUAUAUUGCAAAACUAAUGGACACAGAAUAAGAUAAUGGAAGUAAUAUAAAGAAAAAAUGGAAACAGAUUUAGUGACCGCAAGGCUUUACAGUGGAAAUUUGACACUUACUAAGAUGUGAAUGUCUUGAUCUGUGUCUCUGUACUUUAACGUGGUGUUACUGUAACUGUCUUGUGAUAUUUUAAUGCAAAUUACAAUCUGCUGUCUACAGACUCCAUCCCUA